AUGCUUCCUCACACACCAUUUGUGGCCUCUCGUGGUGGCCUCGCCUGGCUGCCCAUCGGAAGUACAGAGAAUCUAUCAAACAACUCCACCUGGGAUUACAAAUACCAGGCGGUAAAUAACCCAGCGACUUACAAUCCACCUACACUGAGUAUAGAGUCGUGUGACGCGGAAUAUGUGGAGGAAGAUGUGAGUAAUAGUAAUCUGGCCUCCACAACCCGUCCUCCACCUCGUCUGGCCUCCACAACCCGUCCUCCACCUCGUCUGGCCUCCACAACCCGUCCUCCACCUCGUCUGGCCUCCACAACCCGUCCUCCACCUCGUCUGGCCUCCACAACCCGUCCUCCACCUCGUCUGGCCUCCACAACCCGUUCUCCACCUCGUCUGGCCUCCACAACCCGUCCUCCAGCUCGUCUUAAGCCUCCAUAG